GAAAUGAAAUUAAAGUCUUUGUGUGAAUAAUGCAUGUUAAUGCUGAUCCAGGAAGUACUGCUGUGAUGUGAUGAAAAAGGGAAGUUAUAAUAGAUCUGAUGCAAGUCAGUAGAUUAUGCUUCAGAUUCUGUUUCUGCAGCACAGCUUCAGUCCGUCUCUAAUCAGCAGCAGGAGUUACAACCGGAAACUUGGGAUCUAAACAGGAGUUUCCCACACUUUCUGCUCUCAGGAAGGUUGAUGUUCAUUAUUGAUUGAAAAUAUGAACAUCUGGACAGCAGAGAAAAUAAUUCUUCUCGGUUUUCUGUGGAAAGGUGUUUGCUGUAGAGAUUUUAGUAUCAGUUUGCCAGAAAAUAUUGAAGCUCUCAGUGGAUCAUGUGUGAUCAUAAAGUGCAGGUUUGAGAUUGAGGACAAGUAUGAUGGAGACCUCACAGAAAGUGCAGCUACAGGAAUGUGGUUCAAAGAUGGAACACAUCCGUUUAUCAAUCAAGUGUUUAAUUCCAGCAAUACCAAACCUAAUCACUUCAGUGGGAAAAUAGCUGGAAAACUACACAAAAAGGACUGCACCACUAUCUUUUACAAUAUUACUUCAAAUCAUAGUGGUAAAUAUUACUUCAGGAUUGAGGGCAAUGGUGGACUGAAAUGGAACUAUGAUAGAGAGUCAACUUCAAUAAAUGUGAUCGACUCUCCCCCCAAACCUAUAGUGCAGCUGUAUGUGGAGCAGAAGGAGGUGCAGGAUCAGGAGGAGGUGUUGGAGGUGUUGGAGGGGAGCUCUGUGAGUCUGCGCUGCUCUGCUGAGACUCUCUGCUCCUCUCCUCCACCAACUCUCACAUGGAGCUCCACUCCCAGAAUCCCCCUCAGUGAGAGCAGCAGACUACAGGAGCUCAUCUCUGAUCUGAACUUCACUGCUACUCACCGUCAACACAGAGUCACUUUCACCUGCACUAUAACCUACCAGCUACAGGACAAGAACAAAACAGCACAGAACAACAUCACAUUACAUGUUCAGUAUUCGCCUAAAAACACAUCAGUGUCUGUGAUUCCCUCCAGCUCUGUGUUGGAGGGCAGUUCAGUGACUCUGAUCUGCAGCAGUGAUGCAAAUCCAGCAGUGUUGAACUACACCUGGUCCAGAGAGAGUGAAGGACAGUUGGAGCAGCUGCAGACUGGACACACUCUUACCUUCAAUAGGACCGACCUGAAACACAGAGGCUGGUACCACUGUACAGCUCAGAACCAACAUGGCAGCCAAAACUCAUCAGUGAUGCUGGACAUUCAGUAUCCUCCUCAGAUCUCUGCUUCCUCCAGCUAUAUCAGUGGAGAUGUAAUGGUGUGUUUCUGUGAGGCUGAUGGGAAUCCCUCUCCUAAACUGGAGUGGCAUCUGUCUGGACGUCCUGUCACUAACUCUUCAAACAUGUUCAUCAGUGAAGAGCGAUUGAGCAGCACAGGCUUGAGGAGCUCCAUCACUCUACAUCAGUCUCUCACACACACAUCCACUCUGCAGUGUGUCAGCAAAAACACUCAUGGAACUGCAAGUCAACUGUUUCAUCCGGUUUUCAUCACUGAAAAAGCUCCAUGGUUUAACACUUAUUCCCUCCUGGUUGGAGUCGCAGCUGGAACUUUGUUCAUGGCAAUCUUAUGGGUCACAACACUGCUGUACAGAUAUAUCUUCAGGACUCAAACGGGAGAUAAAGCUGGACUGAUUCAGAAUGAUGCGGCUGACUUGGUGGACAGUGGGGGAGAGCCUUUUUAUAGUAAUAAAGUUAUGAUGUCAUCAGCUGAAGACCCCACACCAAACCACCCAGAACCCCUACAUUAUUCAACAAUUAACUUUACAAACACCAAACCGGAGUCAAACGACAUCAGAGGCAUCUCUGCACUUACUACCGAUUAUGCUGUGGUCCGAUAUUGUGGUCAAAACGCAGUAGAUAGUGAGGCAAAGAUCGCAAAGAAUUAUUCUUCAAUGCCAGAUGGAGAAGCCAUUUACCAGGUUCCUCACAAAGCAGCAGCCAAACAGGAGCAGAUAUGGACGUAAAUCAAGGUGAAUCUACAAAAGCUUGUUUAAAAACAAUUUUAAUUCAUUUAAUUAGAUUUAAAGCGCACUGAAAUAUGUAACUGCUGUUAUUGUGUUAAUAACAAACAUUCUUUGGGUUUGCUUGCUUGCUUGAACAGUGUCAUAUGUGCAAUAUUUUGUUGUCAACAGGCCUACUUGCUUAAAAAUGCUUCAUUAUGAAGUGUUUAUGAAAUCAUCUCUUCAACAUUAUGCAAACAUUCUUGAAUAGAUUUUAGCUUUUAGCAAGGGGAAUAAUGUAUGCAAGAUAAAAACAAAAGAAAAAAGCAAUAAAGUAUUACAUUGCUCA